AUGGGAAGACCCAGAGCGUACAUGAACCGGGAGUUCCGGCCGGAUUCCUUCCGAGGAGAAACCAAGGAGCACGAAAAGGCGAGGAUAGGAGAGUUAAACGAAUUGGAAGAAGAGCUAGCCAAAAACGAGUACACAAGCAAGCUGCACAAAGAGUUGCUUCUACAGAACGCCAGCUUUAACAAAGACGCGAAGUUACUAAAACUACACUUGGCGGGAAAUCUAAUCAAAAACAAGCCAAUAUUGAGCAGAAAAAAUGUUGCCUAUUUAACUAGCGAAAAUAACAUAUUUUAUUUUCUAGACAAAAAAACAAAACAAGAAUAUUUAGUUUUGAAAAGUUUUAAUAAUUAUAUUUACCUGUAUCAAAUCAGUGAGAGAAAAUUCCAUUUUGUGAAAAAAUUUUUCAUAAAAAAUUUAUUCUAUAUAAAUAGCUUUGGUAAAAAUGGCGAACUGUGUUUCGCUACUUGGGAGUUUGAUCCACGGAAGAAAAAAAUGUUCAUGAAUUUUUACCUGCUCAAAUUUGUGUUCAACUAUGAAUCUCCUCUUUGUUACUUAAAUGGGGAGGAAGCUGAGCAGGACGAGGCAAAACCUUCAGUGGGAAAGACUCAGGUGGGCGAAUCAUCACCACCCACGCACGUGACCUACACAUUUUCCUCCGACUCGGAGGACUCUUUUGACAAGAAUUUAUUUCCGUACGAGUUGAUGGUGAGCAGUUCGGAUGGGGAGGCAUACGAGCAGCAACAGCGGGAAAAUUUGCAUCCACCACCGGUUGGCCAUUUGUACGGCGCACACAUGCAGAAUGGCAACAACUAUUAUGGAAGUCAAACUGACGGAUAUUUACCCCGUGAUGAUGAAACAACCUGGAAGAGGCGGAAGACAGAAAUGAAGCCACAGAGAAAGAACCCCAUUGAAAGCACCGAACGUAUGCACGUUACUGCAAAGGUGAAAAUAAUGCCACUGGUAAAGAUAAAGUACGUGUACUUCUCGAUGAUCGAGAUGAACCCAAGUCUUACCAAGCUAGUGCUAGCGAACAACAACCUAGUCAUCGUAUACGAUACAGUGAAGAAGAGAUACAACCUUCUCUACUUUAGGAACUUCAUUUCUGCUGUAAAAAUAAGUGACGAGAAUUUUCUCUGCAUUGGAUUUGUCAAUGGAUUUAUAGACAUUUUCUUGUUUGAUCAAGUGAGGCAGGAAGAUGCGGAUAGUGCACAAGACGUGCUGAGGCGAAAUGCCUUUGUGGGUGAAGCCUUCGGGGGGGAACAAAACUCCUCACGGCAGACCAACUUUAUGUUUUUGUUGAAGGCGAUCGAGGACGCCUACCCCUACAUCCCCGGGUAUGAGGUGGCCUACUACAGGAACAGUGGUGAGGUGCGUGGCCACGAUGAGGAAGAACGGGAUAUCCAAAACAGUGCAAACAUCCCCUAUAUUAACUUCCACCUGAGGAAGGACAAAAUUGUAGACAUGCAAAAGGCGCACGUCGUAAAGUACAAAUGGCACAGCCACUCAGUCUAUAACAUAACAAUCGACGGAAGGAAAGUAAUCUCCUGUGGAGAGGAAGCCGUUGUUAUAAUUUACGACAUAGACAGUGGGGGUUGUGAAUUCAUCCCUCAUCUGGGAUCCCCCUGUUACUACAUCUACGUAAAUAAGGAAAAGAAUCUAAUUAUAUGCAAUUCACUUAACAAUACUAUUCACUUUAUUAAUUACAAUCAUCGACUGUUCUUCUAUUCAUAUGUGGGUCUGCAUAUGCCCCUCUCGUUGAGGCACCUCUUUUUGAAUUACUCCACUGUGCACGAGAGUAUAAAAAAUAGCGUUAGGAUUUUUGAAGGACAGAUAUGCAGCUGGUAUGAUUACUCCAUGGGGGGACACGCGUCUUUUGGUGCACACCAGGGGGAGGAAGACCUGAACGGGGGGGUGCUUAACGGAGAUGGCUCAACGAACCCCAUGACAAACUGCGUAGAAGACCAAAGUGACAGCGAGGGGACGAGUAGCUACUGCUCUGGGGGUAGUGACGCCGGGGAGGACCUCCUAGGAAUCCCAGACGAAGGGAUAGAAGUCAGUUCCAGUGGAGAAGACGAACAGGGUGCACCACAUUGCAACACAAGGGGAAUGGAAAAACGGAAAAAAAAAACCAUCAUAAGUUUCAAGCAAAUCCAGGAAGACAUCGAAAGGAGCAUUUACAACCAUACGAAUGUGCAAAACAAUCUAUACAAAAAAUAUCAAAUGCUAUUUUACUGUGACUCCAACAGGGGGUUGGUGUUCUCCUUCUUAACAUCCUUCUCUAGUAUUCAACUUUACAAUGUUGAAAAGGAUAGGCACAUAAAGUUUGUGUGUCCCUUACCAGUGACAUACAAAAGUAGGUCCAGCGUUGAAGCCGUGAACGACUUGGAACUGCUUUUCUUCUCUUUCACUCAGAGUAGGCAUUUACUAAUGACCAUAGAAAGGAGGAACUACCAACUGGAGGAGGCCUGUGGAAACAACGCCAACGCAUUGAUGCAGUCCUUUUUCACCUUUAAAAUAUGGAGGAUUGUGAGCGACAAAUUGGACUACGAGCCAGUUUAUGAGCAAUCCAUCAGGGGUGACAAAGUGGGAGAAACACAUGAACAGGGAAGCAGUGAACAACAAUCCCCAGGAAAUAAUUCCAGAGAAAGCCCUGAAGAGGACCAACUAGAAAAGUACAGAAUGAUUAUUAGUCAUCCUUUUUUGAGCAUUUUCCUCGUCCUGGAAUGCGAAGGAGAUAUGACUGUUUGGUGCUUGGAAAAGAGCGAACGUAUUUUCGACGCCAGCGUAUACACAGACUAUGAGGUGGAUGUGUACCAGACGCAGGGCAGCAACAACUACUACAGGGAAGCGCGCAGGUUGAACCACUUGGCUAGUGUGUACGGUGGGGAUAACGUUGAUGGGAACGAGAAAAUGGGUCAGCAGCGUUACCCCAAAGGGGAUUACCAGAAUGAGGACGCCAACGAAGAGGAAGAAGACGACCAAGGGGAAGCCAAUCAAACCGUCACUGUAAUUAAACGGGUAAAUCAUAAGAACCACCCCAUCCUAGGAGGAGACAUAACUAGCGACGGGAAAAUCCUCUGCAUCUGCCACGACAGGUUAAUAACAAUAUGGGAUACAACUACACUGAAAGUGCUGGCAAUAAUAAGUCACGCCAUUUACACGGGCCUCAAUGAGUACCUAUUUAGGCUGUACAAAGGAGUAGAAAUAAUCCAGACGGACACGGAUAAAGGAGAGGCAAAGGGACACGUACCCCACAUGUGCUUCUUCGCAUUCGACACCAUUUUUAUAUACUCCUUACAUGAGUUCCACUUGGUUUAUCAGAAAAAAAUAAAAAGCGCAAUAAUAGAAUACGUAAAGUUUGACAAACACAAUUGUAAUUUCUUAGCCAUUGGAGUUACAAAGAGACUUAAAGGAGGGAGCAGCCAAAGGGCAAGUGGCAGACCCAAUGGCAUUGUGCAGAAGAACUACCUGUACGAAUUCACUUCCAAUGUAUUGAAAAAGAGGAAGUUAUUCUACUCAUCCAGGGAUAGGCCAAUCGUGGCUCUGGACUUUGCUCCCCUGAAUGAGAGGAAGAAUAUCGCCCUCACUACCUUCCAGCCGUGCACACUGUUGGUUGCCCUCAAUUCCAAAUUCCAGGUGUGCACCUUUUACUUUAACAACUACGCCGAGUUUAUGCAGCUAUCGUGA